CGACGACGCUGUCCAACGCGGCCAACAGUAUUCAUCUAUCAUUCAUCGAAAGGGCUCACCCCCAUCGAGCGACGAGCACCAUCUGACUGCAGCAUACGCCAUUGAAGCUGCUCUCUGCCUGGGUCGCCCUGUGACGCACCACGAGGCGCGCUAGCGCUGGAUUCCCAGGCUGACCAGACCACCACGAAACGCCCUCUCUCACUCCGACCAGCCCGCCGCCGACAGGAUGCCGCCAGCCUCUAGCCAGAAGGGCACCAGCAAGAAGGGCGCCGGCUCCAUAGCGCGCAAUCGGAGCCGCAAUACCACCCCAAGCAUCAGUUCCGCUGCCGCCGCCGCUGCCGCCACCCCUCAGCCGUCGCUACUGCCGCCCGUCGAAACGAUCGAGACCGAGUUCGUCGAGCUCAAGUUCGAGAUCCUGCGCAACAUCACCUAUGAGGAUCUAUUCGACCAGGGAGCGGGCGCGGCCAGCCCCGUCAUCCCCGACUCGCGCGCCCUCGACCACAUCGGCAACCGCCUGCAGCGCCUGCAGGAUAUCGUCGAGAAGAGGGGCGUCAGCUGCGACCGCGGCAUGCGCCUGCUCUCCAGCAAGCGUAGCGAUCGCGUGGAGAUGGACCGCAUCAGGGAGGAGGAGCGCCUCCAACGCGAGGCCGAAGGUGCGGCCCAAGAAAGGCGCGCCAACAAGAAGAAGCGAAAAGAGAAGGAUAGCCUGGCGCCUCAUGACACGAAUAUAGAACGGUCUUCCCCUCUCCGCGAUCCAAGCAGCAAAGUCAGGAAAGCAUCAAGGGACGACUCGUCCAACUCCUCGCUGUCGCCUCCCAUCGAAACCAUGUCGCCGAGCGCCAUGGAGGUUGACGAAAAAACGAAAAAUGCCAAGGAUGAUGUCAAGGAGGAAGAAGAGGAGGAGUCCUCGGACGAUGACGGCGCGCCUCCCCCGCGACCAGUACCAGCAAACCAGACCUUCGGCGAGGACCCCUCAACAUUCCCCGACCCGACCGUGUACGAGAUCCUGCCCGUCACGGACGGCAUGAGCCACGAGGAGAUAUGCGAGAUAUACAGCGUGGCAACAUAUCCCAAGAGCGAUCUGGCAGACCUGAUAGCGGGCGACCCGCCCGACAAGGAUUUCAGCAGUGGUAAAGCCUCGAACCAGAUCAACUUCAGCACCUUUUCGACCUACACAGAGCCAUACUUCAGGCCCUUCAAUGAAGAGGACCUCACCUUCCUCCGCGAGCGCGGUGAUCGCUCCACCUUGUUUGACAUGCCCAAGCGGGGCCGCAAGCACUACACGGAAAUCUGGGCCGAGGAGGAUGGCGCCAUGGCGGUCGACUCGGGAGCCGGCGCGCGCGACAGGCUGCCCGCAAACUUGCCGCGUGGUAGCAUAGAACACAUGAACGAUAACGUUGCCGAGACCGACAAGCUGUCCGUCGGCCCUCUCCUAUCGCGUCUGCUCUGCGCCAUGCGCCCUGAGGGACGCACGCAACAGCCAGACGGGGACGUCAAGCCUCUUGUUAACGGCGACUUCACUAACGGCGUCGGCACCCCCGGCCCCAGCGUCGACGACGGCAGCUUCUCGGGCGGCUUCGAGAUCUCGGCCACGGGCGAGCUCGUGCCCAUCGGCGGCACUCCGGCGCCGGCUCCCGUCGUGAGCCAGCCCAGCUUCAUCUCUGACGCGCAGAUGAACGGCAUGUUUAACGGUGUCGAUCCCCUGGGCGGCAUGGGCAUGGGUAUGGGCAUGGGCGGCGGCAUGUUGCCCAACAGCCAGAAGCCGCCCGCCACCUACAUGCCCGAGUCCUCGUCGGAGGCGUGGAAGAAGGCGUCGCACCCAAAACUAGACUACGCCCAGGUCGAUGAGCGCCUCAAGCAGGAGUUGAGGCACAUCGGCUUCCUCCCUCUGACGGACUCCAGCGGUCCCACGGCCGGGGCUGCUGGCGGCGGGGCUGCCGCUAACGGCAUCGUCGUGGGCGGCAGCGGCGGGGCCGGCUCGGCGGGUGCGGUUAACGGAAGCAACGGCCAAUCCUCGUCCUCGGGAGGCGGCGCAGCUAAUGGCGCGGCCAACUCAGCCGCGGCCGCCGCAGCGGCGGCGGCGGCGGCGGCGGAUGCCUCCAUGACGGCCGACUACGACGGGGGCUACGAUGACGAGGUGGCGGCGCGGCUACGACUCCUCCAGGCGCGGCUCCGCGACCAGAUGCUCGUCAACGGGGCGCGCAAGGCGCGGCUCAUGGAGCUGGUGCGCGAGCGCAUGGCGCACCAGGAGUACACCACCAUCCUCGAGGACCUCGACACCCAGGUGCAGCAGGCCUACCUUAAGCGGAAUAGGACCAUGGGCAAGGGAAAGGCCAAGAAGAACAGGCCCGGCGCGGCCGCGGCGGCAGCCACCAACGGCGCCGGCGGCGCAGCCGGCAUGGCGCGUCCGGGCAUCGGCGACCACGCAAAGACCCUCAUGGAGCGCCGCCGCCGCUGGAUCGACAACAUCGGCCCCAUCUUUGAAGACGAUAAGAUAAAUAGGGUGCCCCGCGCCGCCGACGGGCCCGAGAGCAGCAUCUUCCAGCCAGAGGUCAUGGCGUCCCUGGUCAAGCAGGAGAAGGACACGUGGGACGAGGAGGCCGAGGAUUGAGGUGGACAGAUGCUGGUUUUUUUUUUCUUUCUCGGUGGGUUGUAUUUUUCCUGCAUUUUCUCUACGUCAUUUCCCUCCCCAUCCCGGUUCCCAUCGGAAUUUCAAAACUACAACGGUUAUUUGGUUUCUUUUCAUGCCCUAGUCUGGCUGUCGGCCCAGGUAUUGGGUGGUAGCCGUGGCAUUUGCUGCUCGGAGUCUCGGCGUCUGUCUGAUUUCUGUGUUCCUGAAAGAUGGGGGGUGGAGGAAGUAUAUAGAUGCCGGUCACGGAUGGCGCUCUCCCCUCCCUCGAAGCCUAGCCUUCACGGUGUUCCGAGGAAGACGCAAUGGAGUGGCGUGGAGUGGAGGCCUGGACGGAAGCAAGGUAUCGCCAUCUAUUAUGGGUGUCGGGAAUCCCGACCAUGAACAUGAACAUUUCGAAAAUAAGCGUCGCCGUCGGAAACGUGCAUGCCAACGUGUCCAUGUAGGUGGU